CUUUAAAAAGGAAGAUAUUGCAGACCGUGACCGUGUGUUCCGGUAAUAUUUCAGUCUUGACUAUUUGCAUGCGAAAAAUGAAUACAAGGGGACGAGGUUCUGCGGCUUGCGGCGACAACUGCGGCUGUCCUGUUCCGUGCCCCGGCGGUGUUGCUUGUAGGUCAUACUACAAGUGCACGCCCACAAGUGUGCAGUCGACUACCUCAGCCAGAGACGAGCAUACUACAUGCUCGUGUGGGGAGCACUGCGGCUGCAACCCCUGCAUAUGUCCUAAGAGCAUGGAUACCACUGGUUCUGGCAAGGCCUUCUGCAAGUGUGGUGAUGGUUGCACCUGUUACCUGCCAGACUUGAGCAAGAUCAGACUCAGCUGUUGUAACGUUCUUGAUCUUAUAAUAACCAAGAACUUACUGCAACCCUCGAAUGCAGAACUCCAAAAUGCAGAAACACAGAACAUAGAAACACAGAUAACCAAGACUGCAGAAACAAGAAUCAAGAAUGGCCUGAAUGCAAGAUUCCCUUCGUGAAUCUUGACAAGGAAUUUUUGAGGAAUUCCCAACCUCCAAUUUGUAUUAAAGCUCAAAGAUUCCAGAUCCCUUUUACACAGGCCAUGCACUGCUUUUAUACACGCAGCACAUGAAGAACUCAAAACGCAAGACUACAACCAUAAAACGUACUCACAAUCCUUGAAUUUGAAAUGCACCGUAUCACUAACACAA